ACCUAAUCAAACUCAUCCUCUUUUACUCUUCCCCUCUUCACAAACCGCUCUUGAAAGGAGUUGUGCACCAUAGUUUUUCCUACAUUUCGCAAUAUCGCAGGAAUUAAAUCAGCAGCUCCUGUUUUGCACCCACUCUCAGGCAGGUAAUGGGUGAAGCGAACCAACCAGCAGGACUUUAAUACUUAUGACUAAAAGGCCAACUCACACCGCAAUCAGGAUGACAUCAUCUGAUGGCUUGCAACCAUUCUACAGUGGGAUGACUGCAGACAUAAAGUAAGAUUUUUUUUUAAGAGAAGCUCUUGUACUCUGACCUCACCUGGCUUAUCUCUUAGGCAAAGAAGGCUUUUCACCAGCAACACCCCUGGGGAGCUCGUCAAUGCAAGAGGGAGGUUACACUGGGAAGGAUUAGCUUAAAAAAAGGAUUAAAUGUCCAAGGACUGAAAACACAAAGAUGGAACUAUGCUUGUUAGCAUUCACCAUUUCACAUUUCAACACUAAGGAUUCAGUGUCAAACAAAAGAGGAAAUACAAAAGGAUACAAAGACUAAGAAUAAGUAAAAAAAAAAAAAAAGGAUAAAUAAAAACAUUUAGGUCUAUCUCAACCAGAUCUGCCAAGAUGCCACUUAGAACAUCAUUGUACAGAAAGCCAUCCUCUGGUCGUUGGUCCAGCAGGAACUUCAAGCGCAGGGAGGUGCUGUCUGUCAACAUGAUUAGCCUACCACUGGCUGAUUUCCGCCACAUCUCACAUAUUGGUAACGAUGCCCACACAGACAGCUUUGGAGACCUUUCCUUCUUAAAGAUGGGCCACAAUCUGCUUCUACGAAGCUCCCAGAGCGAGCAGAAUCUCUUCCUGGCCUGCCCUCCACCGCCAAAGCCCCCUCGUCUGAACCUGGAUGAGGCCGAGGGCUCAGAGAGCCCCGACUUGCAUAUAGGCCACGUGCACAACACCUCCCAGAGGAGAAAGAAAUGCAGCUCUAUGCCACUGCUGGACAGUGAGGAAGGGGAAGCAGAGAUGGAAAAGGAGGAUGGGUACCAAAGAGGGAAUAAUGUCGCUCCAAAUCUGGCUCACAGCCUUGGACGGGGAAGCCUGAAUUCAGACAAGGAUGAAGACUCCACAGAGACCUGUGACAAAACUGUUGGACAGCAUAAGGAGGAAGACAGUGGCUUUUCAUUCAGCUUCGACCUGGGCCCUUCCAUCCUGGAUGAUGUUCUCCAGGUGAUGGACAAACACCACAAUUAGACAGCAUAGUAGCCAGGUGUUAGAUCAAAGAUUUACUAAACGUUUGGAACAAUAAGAGACCCUUCUUAGGAACACACUCCUGAUUUUAUGGAAAACCAAUAUCCUAAAGUGAUGGUUAUUGUGGAAAUAAAUCUGGAGAUAUCUGAUUUUAUGAUCCCUGGGCAACAAGUAUAUAGACAAAUAACCUUUGGUGAGAACUUGCCUCACCUAAAUUUUAAUGGAGGUAAUCUACUAUGACAAUACGGAUACACAGGACACAGGACUUUUGUUUAUUUCAGUAAAAGAUGUUACUUUUUGUAGCUGAUACAGUAAAUUUCUAGGAUAAGAAGCUUACCCUUUUAUAGAGCACCAGAUAUUGUGUGGUCCACAGCAUUUGUUAAAAAAUAAACAUAAUCUCAAAAGGUUAAACAAAAAAAAUACAAUUACACAAAGUUAAUAUUCUCCCUAAAAUCACUCCUUACAGAGGUGAUACAAUGGUUAAGUUAAUAAUCGAAUCGGAUCGAAUCGGAUGUCAAACUCCAAGCACAACAUAUUUUCGAGCUUCUUUAACGUUCUUCCUUUGCCAAUGUAAUCCCCCACACAGCACAGCACUGAAAACGGCUGUUAAGGCUUAAGAGUGUUGUGUUUAAGAAAAGAAAAGUUGCGGCUGGAAUCCAAGGUCCUCGAGCUGUGAUGUCUUGGCUCUUGGCGUGCUUGCCAAUCUAUUGUGUGCAGAGGGCAAUUUUUCCUCCGCACGCAUCCCAGAGGCCCCACUCAAAGGUAGACCGAGGUACCCCCCAUCUCUCAUUCCCAACAAUGCAGUGAAAACAAACACUUAGCUCUGCUUCCAAUAAAAGCCAGCCAGUGGUGGCAGGUUGGGCUCCAGACCAAGCCAGGCCACAGGUCUAAGACCUUAGACGGAAAAAAAUAAAAAGCCGGAACAGGCUGUUUUCUUAGCUGCAAAUCAGAGUCCAAUGCUCUGGUGAGUGGCGCACGAGAAGGAAAGUGGUAAAGGGUAAUGUGAUACUUCCACAUAUGCAGGGGGUGUCGAGGGAGGAGGACCAGAGACAUCCAUUACUGCAGCAAAGGUCCUGAUGAGGGUUUAAACACUACCUUCUGACCAAACAGUCCGCCAACAUGUGAAAAAAGCACGCUUGAAUGUCACAUAUACACUGGCACAAAAGUAAAGAGAAACAAAUAUAUGUACUCUAUGUACAUGUAAGCACGCAAAACUCUCAGUUGCUCGUCAAACUGAGAUUUGUGCAAUUUAUAUUUGACAACCUAGGUCCACUUUCCUCAGGUUUGGAGAGGAGAGUCAGGACAGAGCCUCAGUCUUUGCCUUAGUGGGGGGUUGCCAGGAAAGGCUGUGGGGCAAACCCAGAACCAGUCAAAUUCCUAAGUUCCACACGGGUCAUGCUGCAAAAUAUAUACAAACCACAAGUGUCCUACUUCUAGCAAUAGAUUUAGAAUUAUAUGCAUGUCUAAACAGAAACAGCCAUGUUUGUGGGUACGUCUACACUGUAUAUCUGUUUUGCCAUCUCCCAUUUUAAAGUGGAUAUCACUGACCAUUUUCCUUGUAUAUGUUAUGACAAUAACACAUCGUGAAACAUUUUUUUGCAUUGAAAAAUGUACUGUUUUGUAUUUGGGGGAAGUAAAGAAAAAUAUCUUUCACAUUC